AUUUAGUUUAUGUAUUACCGCUUCAGCAUUCCUACAGUUCGCAUCUUUUCAAACAAAUAACGCAAGCCGAAUUUUUCUCUUUUUUUUCUACUUUUGUCAUACGGGAAAACAGAAAAAAUAUAAAUGUAUAAAGCCGCUAGAAAAGUAAAUGUAACAAUAAAAGAAGCAUAACAAAAAUUUCAAAUAAUAAUACAGAAAGAACAGAACAGAAAACCAGUAAACCAACAAAAUUCAGACAGAAAAUUUACCAAAAAAAAAAAAGAAAUAAAAAAAAUUAAAUUGUUUUCGUUAUUCGUUUUGGCAAAUUUUUGCAAAAUUUUUGUUUCCCUAAUGUAAACGCAAACCUUUGGAGAAAUUAUGGAAAAUAAUACCAAUACCAAUAAGACCGCUGGCAUUUGGAACUCUGUGCCGGACCUUGACGGAUCGAAUGGAGCAUUAAAGGCGCUGGCCAAGAACGUGGCCAACCACAUGAAGCUGAAUCGUCCGGAAAUGAAGCGGGUGGUGGCCAAAGUGGUGGCAGAACGUCAUGGUCUUGGCGAUGUGGGCGAUUACAAGGGCUAUAUGUAUUAUGCGAAACCGGAUCGCAUUAAUAUGAAUCAAUUGAUAGCGCAAUCGAAAGUGGCCUUUGACGAGAUGAUGCAACAGCAGCGACAUCGGGAGAAUCUACAGCAGCAGAAGCAGAACGGGCAGCAGCAGCAGCAGCGGAAGGCACUGGGCAAGAUGACCGAAGGAAACCGCAGGUCCCAAAGCGGCGGCGGCGGCGGCGGUGUUGGUGGGCCCAGCAAGAAGAAAGCGGUGAGCAGAAAAAGUUCUACGGCUGUUUUUCAAUUACAGAAUUGGGGCCACAAGAGUCUUAAUGGCGUGAUUAUCGAUGAAACUCAUUUGCCCCGUGGAGGUAAGGAGAUAUUGUUGGCAGUCAAUCGUCGCAUGGUUGCCAUGGAUCCUGGUUCCAAUAAAAAGAAAAAGAAGACUAAGAUGCCUUCAGCUGUGCCAGUUAAGAAGCUACCAAGAAAGUUAAAACCCACAUCAGCCAUGAAGAAGACGUCGUCAUCGUCAUCGUCGUCGACGACACGGCCGCCAGUUGUCGUUAAGAAAGCUUCAGUUAGGAAGAUUCCGGCCAAGGGAGCCGCCAAUCCAAUAGUACCCAAGGUGGUGGAUUUGCCGCCGUCGCCGCUCAAAGAUGAAGCGUAUCGCCUGCCAGCUGGGUCCUCGUUUCAUCCACUGCCUGCUAAUCCCAUCGAGAGUGACACCAAGAAGCCGUCGGCUCGAUCCAAGAGUAAGAUUUCAAUCAAUCAAAAACAAACUGUCCAGCGUCAGCGCAACUACGACAAACCCUGGCUGGUAGGACGCCACAAGCGUCACAAUCGCCACAAGACUGAAGGUGGUGGUGGCGGUGGUGCUCCUGCGGCUGCUGCUGUGGGUGCUGGCGGUGAUGCUGAGGGCCUAGAUAAAAGUUCCGGAAGAAAAUUGCCAAGCCCAGCACUCAAACGUCCACGGACUCGCGUCAGUCAUCAGUCUGCGGGUGGUGCUGGUGCCACUAACCAAAAGCUGAAAGAAGCUCCUAGCAAAUUUAACGUAUCCAAGACUGCUAUUUCUAGUCGGGCCAAUCCCAAGCCAAAAGGUGGCAAAUCAAAGACAAAGCAGGUCAAGCAACAGUCCCAAGCAGUCUCAACAUCUCAGGGAAGUCGCAAAGAGACCAACACCACGACACCCCAAAAUCGUGGCAGUCGGGCUAAUAAGGUUUUCCAGGCUCGUCUAAUCAAGGAUAUGCUGCGCGAGGAAGCAAUCGAUGAACCUGAGCGUCUAGAAGCAGGCUCCAUUCGUCGCCCCACACGUGGCGGCAAGAAGCGACGCGAGAAGAAACCGAAAAUGGAUGCCCAUCAGCAACAGGAGGAGGAGGAGGAUGCAGAUGCGGCAGCGACUGUUAUUGAGGUAUGUGCCGAUAAGGCAAUGCAACAGCAAGCAAAACCAUCGAAAGCAAGCAAAACCAAGUUGAAAGUGAAACCAAAGGACAAGCCGGCACCCAAAAAUUCACGCUUCAAACGUAUACCCAAGGUGGCUAAUUCGAGCCCAAAGGAUUCCAGUCCAAAGGCUGCCAAUUCAAAGGCUGCCAAUUCAAAGGCUGCCAAUUCAAAGGCUGCCAGUCCAAAGGCUGCCAGUCCAAAGGCCACAUUUGCUCUGGCUUCCCCACAAAAUCAUCCAUCCACCAAGCCGAUCAAUCCACACCCAAAACCAAGGUAUCUGUUGCGCACCCGUCGCGUUCCAGUGGCCAGUAGUCUGGGUAGCAUCGGAAAUUUGCGGUGGAAUAAGAAAAAUGGUGGUGGUGGUGGUGGUGGUGCUGCUGCUGCUGCUAGUGGUGCUGGUGGUGGCACCUCUACCUCAAUUUUGACGCCGGCCAAGCGAAAUCUAACCAUUGCGUUUAUGAAUAAACGCCUGGAGGAGCGCCAUCAACGCAAUCAAGUGUUGGUUCCCUGGAAAUAGGACGACUAAUCUAUCUUUGUAAUCGAUGGGACGAACCGGGGGCUGUGGCUAUCAUAAUCUCCAUUCGUUUCAAGUCUUUAUGUUAAGAUUUACUUAAUUUAUUUUUCUUUGUUUUGGCAUAGUUCACUCAAAUAAUUCAAUAUGCAUAUAUAUGCAAAGCCUUAUAAA